AGUUAAACUUGAUGAUAUAUCUUAUAAAAAUAUUAAAGUUUGUGUGAAGCUCAUGAACAAUGAAACUGCUCCCAUCACUGGUGUUAAAAUUUCCAAUUUUCCUGACGACUUUGAGUUGAGCUUCUUCCAAUUUUUUCUAGAAGAUUUACUCACUACUUAUAAGGUGGCCAAGAAUGGGCUGGCCUCUGUUAAGAAAUAAACAAUUUUAAUGAGUUGGACAAGUCAAUUAUUGUUGAAUUCACAGAUCUUGAAAUAGCUCAACUGUUUUCAAAUAUACCUGACCCCACAUAUUUGGAUCAAAUUCUGACUUUUCAGUUGGUCUCUAAUGAACAAAGUAACAACAGUUUGCCAUCACUUUGUGUUCAAAUUCGAGAUGUGCCAGUCCACCAGUUUAAUGCGGAGUUCUUUGAAUUUUAUCUAAAUCAAAUGCUGUUGAAGUAUGAUGUUGCCAAGGAUGGGCUGGCAUCGAUCAAACACUUCGAAUAUGAUGAAUUUGAUAGUUCUGUAACUGUUGAGUUCAGAGAUCCAGUAACUGCCAAAUUGUUCUCAAAUAUCCAACCUAUGUUUUGGAUUGAACACAGAGUCAACUUUAAAUUAGUAAAUAAGCAACAACAUAUUCAACACACCAUCAACACUGCUCCAUCACCAUCAGUUACUGCUCACAAGGACAGUGAUGUUCUGUUUGAAUUAAAGAAAGGACCGAAUGGAGAUUGGGUACUGCCUGCCGGGCAAACUAUGAGGACAGAUUGGCCACAUCUGGAAACCUUGAUUUUUAUAAAGGCGCUCCUGCUUUCAAAACUUAACAUUAACGUGAAUAUCCAGAAGAACACGAAAUUGCAAGGCCAUGCGUGGACAAACACAACUGGCUACAUGUGGGAGAGAGGUUACUUUUAUUCAAUGAGGCAGUUGAAAAAGAAACUGAAGGGCCUCAUGGGUACAUACCAACAAAAUGUGAAGACUUGGCUGUAUCACCAGUACAUGGACCAGUUUGAAUCUACUGAAAUUACCGAUUUUGGGCCGCUGGAUAAUGAAAUAAUUGCAGCUAAGAAUGUGAAAUCACAGGUACCGGCGGACCUCCCGGAGGGGGGACCUCCCGCAUCAACCCGCAUAUUUACUUGGAAUUGA